AUGAACAGCAACGCAGCAUGCAGGUAGAGUGGCAUAAAGCCUUGAUCAGAGCACCGAUCUGCUCUGUUACAGUGACUGUCUGCACUUGGACAAUGACGCCAACUCUUCUAUUGUGGAUCCUCAUCCUAAAUGCCUCGCUCAAGCCCUCGGAGAGCCAUGGAAAUGGGUUCGAGGAGGUGAAGGACUACGAGGUGGUUCGACCCGUCAGACUUCACUCAGUCAGAAAACGAGAUGCAGAGUCCCUCAGACCAGAGACUAUUAAGUACGCAAUGAAGGUGGGAGGAAAGCACCUUGAAAUGCAACUAGAAAAAAAUGAUGAAUUACUCACCAAAGACUACACAGAAACAUACUACCAAGAAGAUGGGACUGAAGUCACCAGAACCCCAAAUGACAUUGAUCACUGCUACUAUCACGGGAGGAUUGUCAACGACAGCAGGUCGUCUGCCAGCAUCAGCACUUGUGAUGGACUUAGGGGUUACUUCAGAACAUCUGCCCAGAGGUACCUGAUUGAGCCCCUGUCUGGCGAUGACGAGGGGGAUCACGCAGUGACGACUUUCAAUGAGACGAACUUCACACCUGCGGUUUGUGGCGUCACCAACACCAGCUGGAGUGAUGACCUUGAACCCCCAACCGGCCGCAGCCGCUCCAGAUCAGCGGGAAAGUCUAUCGUCUACCAACAGAAAUACAUUGAGCUCUUCCUUGUUGCUGAUAACCGUGAGUAUGUGAAGAUGAAGCGAGAUCGGACAGAGCUGAGAAAGAGGAUAUUUGAAAUGGUCAACUUUGUCAACAUGGCCUAUAAACCCCUGAGGACCUUCGUUGCUCUGGUGGGGCUAGAGAUCUGGAACAACAAUGACUUGAUCUCUGUGACCCCCCCGGCCGGGGCCAACCUGGACGCUUUCAUGAAGUGGAGGAACUCUGAGUUGGUCAAGAAGAAGAAGCAUGACAAUGCACAUCUCAUCAGUGGUAUUGACUUUGAAGGAUCAACUGUGGGGCUGGCUUUCAUUGGGACUCUUUGCACUGAUAACUCUGUUGGGGUCGUACAGGAUCACAAUGACCGGGCCAUUGCUGUGGGAGCUACACUGGCUCAUGAGAUGGGCCACAACCUGGGCAUGGACCACGACGACUCCAGUGCCUGUGCUUGUUCUGGGGAUAGCUGCAUCAUGGCUGCAGCCCUCAGCUGGAACAUCCCUCGGACCUUCAGUAGCUGCAGCAGCAGCAACUAUGAAAGAUACCUGACGAGCCGCAGCCCCAGCUGUCUGCUGGACAAACCGGACUACAGGAGCUUGGAGACUCCUGCAGUCUGCGGGAACGGCUUCGUGGAGAAAGGAGAGCAGUGUGACUGUGGCACUGUGGAGGAGUGCACCAACCCAUGUUGCAACGCCACCACCUGCGCUCUGACAGAGGGAUCAGAGUGUGGUUACGGCGAGUGCUGUGAGGACUGUAAGAUCUCCUCUCGCUCCAGGGAGUGCCGCAGUAAGCAGGACGACUGCGAUCUGGCAGAGUACUGCGACGGGACGAGCUCCGUCUGUCCUGAGGAUAUGUUCGCUGUGAAUGGCCUCCCAUGUGAUAAAGGCCUGGGAUACUGCUACAACGGCCAGUGUCCGCAGAGGUCAGACCAGUGUGUCAGGCUGUAUGGAUCAAGUGCUAUAGAGGCGCAGUCGUACUGUUAUAACUAUAACACCAGAGGAACCUACUACGCCUUCUGCUCACGUCCGUCAAACGACAAAUACGUCCCCUGCCAGCGAGAAGACAUCCUUUGUGGGAAGCUCUUCUGCCACAACGGUAAUGAAAACCCAAACUACGGCCGCAUGGUGAAGGUCAAUGACUGCAAGGCAGCUUUUUUUGGAGAAUACACUAAAGACUUCGGCCAGGUGGACACUGGGACUAUAUGUGGGUUGGAAAAGGUGUGCAGCCAGAAUCAGUGUGUGGAUCUUCACACAGCGUACAGAAACACAAACUGUUCUUCCAAAUGCCAAGGCAAUGCUGUGUGCAACCACAGAAGCGAGUGUCAGUGUGAACCUGGGUGGAUGCCUCCUUACUGCACUUCAAAGGAUGGAGCUUUCAAUUCUCUUUCUACUGGAACAGCUGUCGCCAUCUCACUGACAGUUAUACUAGUGGUUGUCGGGAUCAUCGCCGGUGUGGUAUGGUUGAUGUGGAAGAAACGACAAAGUCCCAUGUUGUCAACAGCGCACACCCAGAGGAAGCCGGCGGCGGUGAACAGGCCGGCUCCUGGUCCGCCCAGGCCGGCGCCACAGAUUGGAAGGCCCAAGCCCAAAGGACCUCCACCUCCACCACCUCCAGCAGGGAACAGACCUAAACCCCCGAGCCAGAACUACAUAGCUGCACGCCAGGCUCUGAAGCCAACACCUCUACCAAUGGUCUGAUACCUAUAAGUAAACCUGGAGAGACUCACCUCUGUCCACUGUCCCCAGCAAGAGGCAACUGGCAAGUUUCUAUGAAAGGCUUCCUGUCCUGUUUCCUCUGCAGCUUCCUCACUGCAGCGCUGUGUGAAGAACUCGGUGUGUCUGUACCUGCAGACUGUCGGUGGGACAAACUGGACGCUAAAUCAUUACUAUGGCAUGCCACUGUGGACUUGUUAUUGCUGGAUGUACUUAUUGUUUUUAAGGCACUUUUUUAUGCUUAGGGUGAGAGUUAGUGCAGGGAGGAAACAGCUCUGACCCUGAAUUCGAGCCAUAUCAUUUUAUACAUGUUCUUUUAUUUGUAACAGGGAUGGUAUAGAUUAUUGCACAAGACUGGAUUUAUUUGUCAAACUGUAUUCAGCAGCUGCAGAAGUUUCAUAUUUUAUGUUGCUUGUUUUAAAAAAUGUUUUGAAUGAAUUGUUUUGACAGACUUUGACGUGAUGGUCUAAAAUUUCUGGUCCAUUUCUGGUUAUGUAAUAGAAAUGCUAACUUAGAUGACAGUCAGAAACACUGAUUACCCAGCCACUCCAAAGCUUUUAUAGCAUGCUACCUGCAGCAUUUUUAGUCCAAUCUCAAGCAAGUUUUUCAUUGAAAAUGUAAAAUGAGGAAAUUAAGGGGUGAGUAGGAAAAUGUAGGUGAUUUUUAGUCGUGUGUUCGUAAUUUGCAUUUUCAUGGAGCAUUUUGAAAGUUGGAAAGUUCAAAAUACUUAGAGCUGUGUCUCUGCUGAGCGCCCACAGACCCUCCUGUGAAUGUUUAUUAAAAACAGGCCCAAUUAAGUUUAUAUUCGCUAAGUUAGUCAUCAUGACUCGUGUGUUGUGUUGUGAGGGGGUUUCACUCACUGUAGGUUGGGUUGUUUCUCUUUGUCAUCUCUAAUUUGGUUUACAUAAAUAGAUUUUUUUACGAUGAACCUUUGUUAUGCUGCUGCUUCUCUAAAAGGAGUUCACUGUGUGAACAUGUACAUAACGUGAAAAACAUUAUAUGAGCUAAAUAUCCAGGUUUCAGAUUUAGUACUCAGUGAAAAUAUGAUGGUGUUUUUCUGUGCUGCAAGGCUAAAGCAGCUGAAAUGUUGUAGCAUUACUAACCACAAUCUUGUGAACAGUGACAGGACAACAAGCAGCCAGAUAUCAUAUUAUUAUAAAUGUUCCAGUUAAACAAAUAUCUGAAAACAACAUGUUCUUGUGUUGUGUGAAAGGAUCCAGGUGGUAAUAAUCUUGAUGUUAGAAAGCCUAUGACUGAAUAAAUAUCACUGUGCUCAGUU